GGGGAGGGGUAUUAUUAAUUUACCAUUUCUUCUCUACGGGGUUUAAUUGAAAAUCUCUCUCUCUCUCUCACACACACACAGACACACGCUAUGGCGGCAACUCAAAGUUCGACUUUCUCAUCUCCGGCAUCGCGGUCGUCGGCCCUCUCCGGUCGUUUCCCUACCGUCAAACAGGUUUGUUUGUGUGAUUGGUGGCUCGUCAAAGCUGAUGAUUCGAGUUCAAAUUCUAUAAGAUUAGGUGUCGCUGGCAUAAAUUUGGAAAACAGUCUAGGAAGAAGGAUUUUUCAUUCUGCUGCCAUUCUGAAAAGGCAUAGUGCCGUUACUCUUGAGACUCUGGAUGGCAUUGUUGUCAACAUCUCUGGAUCAAUAAAUAAAUAUCAAACGCUUCAAAAUGGCUUCCCCCCAGAGGUUUGUAAUCAUUUCCUCAUUGGAUUUCCUUAUUACUGGGAGCAAUACGCAAAUCAAGUGUUGAAAUCAUCUGAUGGUGCUGUUUCUCAAGGGUUGUCUAACUUGACUGGAGUUGUUCUACCUGUGGAUGGCUCAAAUACCUUUUCGCCUGGAUCCAUUGAUGAUCUUCCAGGGUCGCUAUUACGUGAAUUCUCUCUUUCGCUAACAGGAGAUUCUGCAAACUUUGGUCUAAGCAAGAAUAUAGUUUGCGAUAUAUUACAGAAAUAUGGCAACAGGGCCAACGACGACGAGAAUGACGCAAUAGUGGCAGGAAGUUCUUCAGACCAAAGCACUAGUGAUGAAAGUGCGGCUCAGCAAAACCACAGAGGUGAAGACAUUUCGUCUGUAACUGAAACUCAAAGGAAGAUGUUGCAUAAAACUGCAGUUAAAGAAAGAAUUGGGUUCGGGUCUAAUGCCUCGAGAAAGGGUCCUUUAACAAGAAGUAUGUCUCAUUCGAAAACUAAAAGGAAAAAGGAGAAGACUGUUUUAACAAGAUCAUUACUUUCAGAACAUUCACCUAAGAUGGGAUUUAAGGGUUGGGCUGCUGGAAAAGCUGUUUCCGAUGGGACUUUGGUAACCAGAAGGUUGAACUUAAGAAACCGUUCUGUGGAACUUAUCUAUGGACUCUGAAUCGCUCCUUAGGGUUUAUGCUUCUCCACAAUGCUGUUAAAGAAGUCGAAUUGAUGGCAUAAACCUGGAACUCUAACAAAGAUUUCAAUGUUCUGCGAGUUAACUUCUGAUCAUGAAUGUAACUGAUACUAUCAUGUAAAAGUAAUCACUGUUACUUUGUGAAAGAAUGAAGUUGCCCUUUUGCUGGCCUUACCCAAUUUUUUUUGCUCUUUCUGGUGGAAGUGAUUAAAUCAUCGAGUGUCAAAUCACAUUUUUGUUUUACUACCAG